AUGCUGGUGGUGCUGGUGGUGGCACUGGUGGUGCUGGUAGUACUGAUGCUGGUGAUGGUGCUGGUGAUGCUGGUGGUAGUGUUGAUGAUGCUGAUGGUGCUGGUGGUGCUGGUGGUGCUGGUGCUCCUCAGAAGCACACAGAUGUUCCUUUCCCUCUUUGCAAGAACGCUUGAGAACGUGACCUGCUUGGCCAACACCAAGAGAAAAGAGUUUGUGAAAAGAUCUGAGGAGGACUCUGAGCUGGAGGCUGCACACCCAGAAAGGAGAAGCAGCAGAUGUUUAGUGAGGAGCACAUUGUUCCCUGCCUUGGAAACAGCUGUUCCUGCUUGCUGGAGCCAGCUUGGUGGGACAGCAUGUGACAGGAGUUGGCCUCCAGGACUGCUGAGACAGGAGGACUAUGAUUACCAAGGGACAGACUGUGAAGUUGGUCACUGGAGCAAAGCCACCAUCACACUGCUCAUCUGCCCCUGGGGGCUGGUGGGGAACGGGGCUGUCCUCUGGUUCCUCAGCUCCUGCUUCCACAGGAACCCCAUCACCAUCUACGUCCUUAACCUGGCCCUGGCCAACUUCACCUCCCUCCUCUCUGUCACUCUUGCCCUGCUGAUAUUUCACAGCCCAGGGAGCCUUUGUCACAGGCUGGGCUCACGGGAUGUGACAACCCUGUUGAACAUCACCAUCCUCUUCGCUUUCACCGCCAGCAUCUACCUCCUGGCAGCCUUCAGCACUGUGACCUCUUUGUCCAUCCUCCCCCCAGUCCACCACAUCUGCCACAGCUCCUGGAUCUUGCCAGUGCUCAUCUGUGCCUUGCUAUGGCUCCUCUCCUUCCUCCUCACCAUCAUCCUCUACUUCUGCCCCACACUGCUCAUUGUCUUCCUCCUGAGCUACCUCCUGUCGAUGCUCACCCUGGUCUUUUCACCUCUAACCCUGCUAGCCAGGAUCUUGUGUUGGUCCUGGCAAUACCCUCCAAGGAGGCUCUGUCUUGUGGUCCUCUUGGUUGUCUUCUUCUUCCCGUUCUUCACUGCUGAUUUUGGUUACUGGCUCUUGCUAUGGCUGUUGGAUUUCUCAGUUUUUGUCUUUGAUGCCUCUGUCCCCUUCGCCUGCCUGAACAGCACCAUCAGCCCUGUGAUUUACUUCUUGGUUGGGAGCUUCAGGAAAAAGUUCACACUCUCUCUUAGACUUGCUUUCCAGAGGGCUUUUGAAGAGGUGACAGAGCCCCCAAAUAGAGGUGGAACUCCCAGAGAAAACACAGUGGAAAUAUCUCUUUAA